UCUGACUUUAGCUGCUCCAAAUCUAGUCUCUCUCUCUAGUUUCUCUCUCCUCUCUCUCUAUCUCUGAGAUGGCAGGACCGGGAAAUGGCAGGAGUUCCACCUCUCUCAGCGAUAGAGAUGAUAGGGUUGGAGAAAUCGAUCUCUCUCUGAAAUUGGAGGAGGAGGAAGAAGAAAGGCAUGAAGUAGAAGAUGGUGAGAGAGGAGAAUUCGACGAGAGUGAAAAUGGAGGAGAAGAAGAUCAAAAGCAAUCUAUUUCACAGAGAAAGCAGCUAUCUGUUUUGCAGAUCGAAAUGGUGCGCAUGAAGGAGGAGAACAGGGUGUUAAGAAUGGCAGUUGAUCAAACUUUCAAGGAUUAUCAAGAAUUGCAGAUGAAAUUUGCAAGCAUACAACAAAAUAGAAGAGAAGAUAUGACCCCUAAAGAAGAAAAGGCCCAAAUAAUGCUGCCUAUAAACACUAGCCCUGGGGGGAUAAUCGACCGGAAGUCUUCAAUCAAAUACAUAAACACGAUUGAGUCAUCAGAUUUGAAAGGUGGCGAAGAGUUAAGCUUAUCACUCGGGAUACCAAGCUCUGAGAAAGAGACGCAAAAGAGAGAAGAAAAUGAGAGAGACAAAGACGAAGAGAUUGAGGAGAAUUUUCAGAUGAAUGGAUGGCUUCUUCCUAAUAAGCUUCAACAGCGAGAGAUUACAGAGCUUGUUGCACCACCAAUGGCCCCUAGGAAAUCCAGGGUUUCAGUUAGAGCAAGAUGCCAGGCACCCACUAUGAAUGAUGGAUGUCAAUGGAGGAAAUAUGGGCAGAAGAUAGCCAAGGGGAACCCAUGCCCCAGAGCCUACUAUCGCUGCACAGUGGCACCUGGCUGCCCAGUGAGAAAACAGGUACAAAGAUGCUUAGAAGACAUGUCCAUCCUCAUAACAACCUAUGAAGGCACCCACAACCACCCUCUACCAGUCGGCGCCACUGCCAUGGCCUCCACCACAGCCGCUGCCGCCACUUUCAUGCUCCUCAAUAGCCAAGCUCAACCCUACCCACCACAAAACAACUUCCUCUCUCAAAACCCUAACUCUAACCGUGGCGCCAUCCCUCCUUCAUCUUCCGAAGGCAUCGUCCUUGACCUAACGAGGCCUCAGCCUCCCCACUUUGACAUGGGCUCGAGCCCAUAUCUCAGCUCGGUUCAUUAUCAGGGUUCAAUGGACCAGUGCUUAGUGGACAAUGUGAGUGCAGUGGCUUCGGACCCCAAGUUUAGGGUUGCAUUGGCUGCUGCGCUCUCUUCUUUCAUGGAACAAGGCAGUCCGGUGGACCGAGCAGGCCAACCGGUCUUCGCUGAGCCAACCCGGACCCAGCGUUUGGAGUAGAUGAGCCACGUUUAAGGUGUUCAUGCAUGGAUGUAUAUUGAAAGGAAUACAGCAAGAGGCCCAAUAUGUCUCUAGCAUCAUUUGAGAGGUCUCUAUGAGGUCCGUCGUCUGUGUUUUUUAAGGAUGAUUAAAAUUUGUUGCGAUUGUUGUUGUGAUUUCUACAUUUGCGUAUGUCCCUAUGCUUUUAAGCGGGAUAUCAUACUAGUCGAUAGUCCCUAUGCUUUUAAGCGGGAGGCAUAUCCUCGGUAGAGCAGGACAUGAAUUCCAAAUGUAACACCGUGCCCUAGAAAUUAAAAUGACGU